CACAGUUCAAUUACAAUUCUACUUACAAGCCUAUUUUUAUAAUUUUUCGGUUGACGAUUUUAGUCGUGUUAUCGCCGCUCCCAGAGUUUUGUUGGCAUUCUAUAGAGGAUGUUUUUUAUUUUUUUGGCGUGCUACAUGCGCAUGCAAAUUUUUUUACAGAUAAAACUAAAAGAAAACGAUAAAUAGUAAAGGAGAAAAUCACGAAAAUUGAAACAAUUGAACAGCAGUGAAACCAUUUAUCUCUUUUUUUUUCAACGGAGAAGAAUUUUUAUUUUGUGAUUUUAUUCUUUUUGAGAAUUUCUUUAUUUUUUCCAAUGGAAAUGAGUGAAUUACCAUGUGAGGAGGGCUGCGAGGAGCAAGUGGUGAUAAAUUUCAGAAAGAUUCCCCUUCUGAUGAGGACAGCGCCCUUCUGGAGUGGCCCGGCAGUGCAUGAUACGAAAAUUGUUAAUCUGACGAUUAGAGAUUUUUCCGGAAAAUAUUUGGUCAUGGUAUUUUAUCCGUCUGAUUUCAGCAUUGUCUGCCCGACUGAGUUGAUACAAUUCAGUGAUAGGGCUGAAGAAUUUCAAGAUUUAGAUGCUGAAAUCAUAGCAAUUUCAACGGACUCUCAGUAUACCCACUUGGCCUGGGUAACGAUUCCCAGAAAGCAGGGUGGCAUAGGAGAAAUGAACAUCCCGCUGUUAGCGGACAAAAACCAGAGGAUCUCAAAACGCUAUGGAGUCCUUGAAACGGAAUUAGGGGUCUCCGCAAAAGCGGUUUUCGUAAUUGACAGAGAACAGAACAUCAGACAUAUGUCCAUAACGGACAUGGCGAUACCCAGAUCAGUGGACGAGACUCUCAGGGUGAUUCAAGCCUGUCAGUUUGUUGAUAAGUAUGGAACCAUAUGCCCCAUGCGGCCGCAGAAGACUGAAGCUGGGGAAAUCGAUCCAGAAUUCGAUGAGGAUAAAAAGGAGUAGAAUUGUUUCACCGCCUUUUGAUUGUAUUUCGAUAUUUAGGGGAGUUUUCAGUUCAAGUAAAUUUUUUAGAGUAAUUGACUUUCUAAUCCCGCAUAGAAAAUUUAUCUGACUAAAUUUAUCAUGAAUAUAAUUAAUAUGGCAAAAAUAAUAUGAAAUAAUAAGUGAUGGAAUGAUGUGCCAAAUAACCAUUUGGAAGCGUAUUGCAAUAUGAAGAGAAUAUAAAAUUCAAAGUCGCCAUGAGAACAUCAAAACGUUGAUCCAAUUUUUACUAAACUGCUUCUCCUAAAUUCUCACAAAACUCUUUUCGUCAAUCUCACAAUGACCCAGAUGCCGGAUUUCAUAUUUUUUUUUAAAUUCAAUCCCGCUUAGCCUAUCUAUUUUCAGGAUAAAUGUAGAUGGUGUGAUCCUGCAUUUUACUCUUCAUGUGAACCAUUUCUAUGUUCUCACAACGACAAAUAAAUAAUAUUCUUUCCGUGUAAUUAAUUUGAAAAAUAAAUUCG